CUCAGCAAAAGUUAGAGCCCUUCGAUUCUUUUUAUGUCAUUACCAAGAUGCCCAAACAUCUAGAGAACUUUCCUUUACAUCCAGAACGAAACGAAAUCCGUCUCCUCACUAUCUUACCCAGCACAAAGGCUGAAACUAUAAUCAGGUGCUCUCUCGAGUCUGUAUCAUUGGAUGAUAGCCCUGAGUUUGAGGCCAUUUCAUAUGUCUGGGGAGACGCCUCAAAGAAGACAGAUAUCAUUAUCAAUGAUACCCUCUUUUACGUGACACGGAGUGUAGAUAAGACACUCCGCCUCCUUCGCCGUAAGGACCGGCAACGAGUGGUAUGGAUCGACUUUGUCUGCAUCAAUCAGCAUGAUGUCCCUGAAAAGAACACACAAGUCCCAUUACUUGGGCGUGUUUAUGAGAGCGCGUCUGCGGUUAUUGCUAUGAUGGUGAAUAGUAACAUGGAUCUACGUGCUGCGAUUUCUUGGACAAAGGCACAAGAACCAGGCCUGGUCACUCGGGAAACACUUGCAUGGCGCGUUCUGGACACACUGAGCAAAUACUACCAGAAAGCUCGAGUUCAAAGGGCGAGGCGACUGGUCAAGGUGUAUGAUCAGUUCCGGCUCGUCAGGGAUGACCCUUACUGGGCACGCAUGUGGACAUACCAGGAAUACCAGCUGGCCAAAAGCGAUCCAGUUUGCAUGAGUGGAUCACUCACAUUUAAUGCUAGCUUAAUGCUCGAUUCCGCCAGUGAUAUUCUAGUGCAUGCAUACUGGAGCGAUCAAGUAUUUCAGCGAGCAUUUAGACGAAGGUAUGGUGAGGCAGAAUACAGAAAGCUUGGUGAUCUUAAUGGGCCAACCGAACGACUCAAAAGCGGAAAUGCCCUGUAUCACUUUCGCAAGACGUGGCAUCGACAGUGCAAGGAUUCUCGAGAUAAAGUGUACGCACUUUACAGUCUGCUCCCUUCUGUACAAAGCAAAUACCCGCCGGACUAUAAUAAACCAGUUGAGCAGGUCAUGCACGAAACAACAGCAUAUAUCGUGACACAGGAGGGCCCCGAAGCUCUGAGCUCCUUCAAACUCUGGCAAGAGAAUUGUUCACCUGGCUCCUCAUCUUCUUAUCCGUCCUGGAUUCUCGACUUCGGUUGUGCCGCUGAACCUCUGGAUGCCCCCCUCGGUAAUUAUUCCUGGUGCCCAAACGCCUGCGUUCCAUUGCCUAUGACCACAGACGAAUUGUCCUCUAUGACAAUUUGUGCUCGUCGCAUCGGCUCCUGCUCCCCGAUUGUACAACUGGCCUCUACAAUACCAGAAUUCAUCGAUCAAUUUGUUAGCAUCACAGAUGUACGCUAUGAUACCUGGGGGAGCUUGGAAUCCAGGCGUCUAAGUCUCGUUCAUGCGUGCCUGGCUUAUACUCAUUUUCACGCCAAGUUUACAAGAUAUUUAAUCGACAAAGCAAUAGAGAGAUUGCAAUCUCUCCAUGAGAUUGACAUACGUCGCGCAAGCAACUCGUGGUGGCAGGAGCUCUGUGAGGUUGUUCCGUCGAAUUCUGGGAAGAUUGUUUUCGGAGUGGAUGAUCCGAUAGUUGAAGGGUUCGGAAUCAGCGGACCUAAUGUGCAGCAAGGAGACGUGGCCGUGAUGGCUUCCGGAGUGCCGGUGCCGCUUAUACUUCGUCCUUAUCGGGAAGACAACGAGAUCUAUUAUCGCCUAGUGGAUAGAGCCUACAUUCCCUUGAUGACUAGAAUUGCUGCAUUGAACCGCAGGUUUGACUAUACUCGGUUCUUAGAACGUCCAUCUCAGGUGUUUUCUCUACGAUAGAUCGUCUCACUAUCACAGCUACAUAUACUAUACGGGAUGAACUUCGGGGCUAUGUCAAUAUGAUGUGAUGUAUCACCUGUCUUCUGGAGGCUAGCGAUUUUCAAUGUAUUAACCCUGAAACCCAGAUAGCGUGGCUGUAUCUAGUCCCGCUGUGUCCAAAGCUCCUGCGAAGGGCUGAGCUUCAACACAGAGCGUGUAUCAUCGUCGGUUAGGAUCUCACAUUGCGCCUGUCUGGCGAGUGCUUAUGCAAGCCCCACGACACGUCACUCAUUUAGGAAUUAAUUUAGUCAAGUGACAACGAGUCAUUAGCAUCCCACAUGGGCUGUAUCCAUAC